AAUUUACAACCCGACCCGGGUAUCUUAACCAUCAGACGGAUGUGUAUAUACAUUUGCCUUUUGUUAUGAAUUUACAAGCUUCUUCUUCCUUCGAAAUUUCAGCCUACGACCAAUUGGACAAACGUACCCAGCUAAUAGUUUGAGAUUAGACGCUGAAGUGUGCUUGUAGUGAGAAGCUGAAGAAAGACUAUUGCAUUUGAUUCAAGGGCGAUGAUGGAUUGAAAGUAAGCCGUGAUUCAUUUCCUGUAUGUAGGUUGAAUCUCUGGAAACUCAAGUAAUGAACAUAUCAUGUUUUUUUCCUCUUUGGUCGUCCCCCUCCACCUCGCGGUCAUCUAGUUGAUAAGAAAACCAAAUGUUUGGGUUUUCGUAUGGUGAGGUCUUCCUUUUAAUUGGCGCUACUGCUGCCCUAAUCGGUCCCAAAGAUCUGCCAAGAAUAGCUAGAACAGCAGGUAGAUUGACAGGUAGAGCGAUUGCCUAUGUUCAAAUGGGUCGUGGGCAGCUUGAUAAUAUCUUGCAGCAGUCUCAAGCCAGACAGGUGCACAAAGAGCUUCAAGAUACACUGGCACAACUAGAAGCAAUUCAUCAUGAAGUUCGGAGCUUAUCAAUGUUAAAUCCUGGUCCUUUGACCCGAAGGUUGGGUAAUAUGGAUCCUAAAUCUCCCAUUGCUGGCAAUGAUGUAGCACAGAGGCUCACAGAAGAGAAUGCACCGGCAAACACCAUUAUAAAGGAAUGUAAUUCAACAACCCUAAGUGCAGCUAAUUUAAACGUUGUCGCAAAGGGAUCAAGUUCAAAAACCUCAACUGCGACUAAUUUGCAAAGCCAGGCAGCAGCUUAUUCAAGAUUAGCUGAAUCUAAGAUGAAGGGCAGUGGAGACGCAGAGAAGCUUAAAGAGGAAAUUGGUCUUUUAGCUGUUCUUCCUGUGUCUGCGGAAGGCGCUGGGUUACUACCUAAGACAAAAGGCGAUGCAAAUGGAUCAGAUAUUAUGCUGGAAGCGAUUCUAGAAGCGGAGGUGGCAGAGAAUGCCAAAAAAUUCUUUGAACAACAAGUAAAUCAAAUUCCAAGUUAAUGAAAGAAGGGGGGAAAAACUUGAACUCUUACCAAGAUACAACUGUGAAGUUGCAAAGUAAAAAGCAGGAUCAGUUUGUGCAUCUGGUUGAUUGACUGUACCAAGUUUCAGCUUGAGUUCUACUUUAUUAUCCAUAAUACUGCACCAGAUUAUUUUAUAUCUAUGACUUGCAUAUGAAAGCGUCCAUUAGCUGAUCUUAAGGUUCAAUUUUAAUUGGUGACUUCGCUUACAUGUCCAAGUCAAAUCCAUGAGCACUGAAACACUCAUGAGGCUCACUCUGGUGCAGCAUUUUUCUGCUCUGUGCUUGUUUUGGGUUGACUAUCUAUUGAAACACACCAAAAUAAGGUGUAUCACAGCUUCUUCCUUUCAUAAUGUUAUGUAGAGUAUAUAUCUUUUCCUGUUAAUCUCACAUUGCUAUAGUUU